CAGCCCAUGAAGAGUCAGCAGACACCCACAGGGUCAGGUCUGACAUUAUGGGGGAUCGUCUACGGUCUACCUGAGCCCUUUGUCUGUGCCACGUGAUUUACACACACCAACUCCUCAAGGCCUCCUUCCCCUCCGCCCCAAACCGAUGAGGCCACCCAGGCGCCCCGAUCGUGAUCAUGUCGUGACACUGCAGCGUUCCGGAAUUCCCAGAUGCUAAGAGGUGUCUGGGGCCUGGAUGGAGAACACGUCGGUCAGCUACGAGUAUGGGGAUUACGACGGGCUUCCGGACCUCCCCGUGGACUGCAUGGACGGCACCUGCGUCUCCAGCGACCCGCUGGGCGCCGCCCCGUUCCUGCUCUACGGGGCGGUCUUCCUGCUGGGCGUGCCGGGCAAUGCCGUGGUGGCCUGGGUGUCCAGGAAAGAGGCCCGCCACCGGGUCGGUGCCAGCUGGUUCCUCCACCUGGCCGUGGCGGAUCUGCUCUGCUGUUUGUCGCUCCCCAUGCUGGCGGUGCCCCUCGCCCGCGGGGGCCACUGGCCGUACGGGGCGGUGGGCUGUCGGGCCCUGUCCUCGGCCAUCCUGCUGUCUAUGUACGCCAGCGUGCUCCUCCUGGCCGCUCUCAGCGCGGACCUCUGCCUGCUGGCCCUCAGGCCCGGCUGGGGGGCCGCCGCCGCCGGGCGGGCUCGUAGGGUGCAGGCAGCCCGCGCGGUCGCCUGGACGGUGGCCCUGUUGCUCACCGUGCCUUCGGCCAUCUAUCGGCGGCUGCACCAGGAGCAUUUCCCUCGACGCCUGGAAUGUGUAGUGGACUAUGGUGGGUCCGCCGCGGUCGAGAACACCGUGACCGCCACCCGCUUCGUCUUCGGCUUCCUGGGCCCCCUGGCGGUCGUGGCCGGCUGCCACGGUGCCCUCCUGUGCCGCGCGGCCCGACGCCGCUGGCCACUGGGCACGGCUGUCGUGGUGGGCUUCUUUGUGUGCUGGGCCCCCUACCACGUGCUGGGGCUGGUGCUCGCCGUGGCCGCCCCGCACUCCGCGCUCCUGGCCCGGGCCCUGCGGGCCGAACCCCUGGUCACCGGCCUGGCUCUGGCUCACAGCUGCCUCAACCCCAUGCUCUUCCUGUAUUUCGGGAGGACGCAACUGCGCAGGUCACUGCCGGCCGCGUGUCACUGGGCCCUGAAGGAGUCGCAGAGCAAGGAUGAAAGCGUGGUCAGCAAGAAAUCCACCAGCCACGACCUCGUGUCGGAGAUGGAGGUGUAGGCUAGAAGGAAACUUGGUUUGUGUUCUUCUGUCCGAUUUCGCAACGCUGGCUUCAGGCACGGCUGGAUCCAGGGGCUCAAUGAUAUCAUCACUGGUUUCUCUAUCCAUUCAACAUCCAUUCAUUAUGCACCUGCUGUGUGUAAGGCCCUAUUAUAGGCACUGAGGAAGUGGCAGUGACCAAAACAGACACAGACCCCUGCCCUCGGGGAGCUGGCAUUCUAGUGGACGAAGACAGACAAUAUUCUCGUGGACGAAGACCGACAGAAAGCAAAGGAAAAGUGAAUAUGGAAUACAUCAAGUGGUGAUAAGUGUUAAGAAAUCUAAAGGGGACGAAAAGGGCUGAGUGAGGCAGGGAUAUAGAUCAGUCAGGCGAGGCUCAUCGGGUAAGGUGAUAUUUUAGCCAAGACCCGAGGAAGGGAGGGAGAGGUCAUGCUUAAAGUAUGUUAAACACGGGGCUCAGCAAGUACAAAGGCCCUGAGGCACAAUGUGCUUGGCAUAUUCCAGGAAGAGUGAAAAGGCCAGUGUGGAGGGGGCAAGAGGGAAAGUGGGGUGAGAAAGGGAGA